UUCUCGGGAAGGCAAGCUCUGGCUGCCCAGAUCGACGACUCUUCGGCGGGAGAGGGUGGGAUGGGUUCGCCAGUUACUUUGCUUGCUCUGCGGACAUCAAUCGCAAUAUAGGUUUCUUGGGAUCUCUUCUAAAACCCUCUGAUUGAGUAAACCUAACCUGUGUUUACUGCACAAGCUACUGACAAAUGAGGGCAAAUACUCGCGACCCUUUAAAAUCUGCUAACGAAGGGGACCCAGAUGUAACCCGACCCUCAGCUGCCGCCGCCGGAAUCUCCGUUGGAGUCAUCCAUCGGAAGAAAGGCACCGGCGUCAGAGCGUGGCUUCUAAUUGACGCCACUGGCCAGACGCAAGUGGAGGAGGCCGGCAAGCACGCCGUCAUGCGCCGAACUGGCCUGCCUGCCCGAGACCUUCGGAUAUUGGAUCCACUUCUGUCCUAUCCUUCCACGAUUCUGGGGCGUGAGAGAGCGAUCGUCAUAAAUUUGGAGCACAUAAAAGCGAUAAUCACUGCUCAUGAAGUUUUGUUGUUGAAUUCGAGGGACCCAUCCGUCACCCCCUUUGUUGAGGAGUUUCAGAGAAGAAUUCUGCAUCAUCAUCAAGCCACUAAGGCUCAGAGAGAGAAACAAUUCCAAAAUAGAGAUGGGAUGAAGAUUCUCCCCUUCGAGUUUGUAGCACUGGAGGCAUGCCUUGAGGCUGCUUGUGGAGUGUUAGAAAAUGAAGCAAAGACAUUGGAGCAAGAGGCUCAUCCUGCCUUAGAUAAGCUGACUUCAAAGAUUAGUACUCUCAACUUGGAACGUGUUCGUCAAAUUAAAAGCCGCUUGGUUGCAAUUACUGGUCGAGUUCAAAAGGUACGGGAUGAGUUAGAACACCUGCUAGAUGAUGAUGAAGAUAUGGCUGAGAUGUAUCUGACAGACAAGUUAGUUCAGCAGCUUGAGGAUUCUUCAGCCUCAUCCAUGAAUGAUAAAGAUGACACGGAAGAUCAAGAACUUCAAACUGAUAUGGAUGGCAGGAUACCUGCGGAAAUAUCAUUGGAAACUGGGGGUGGUUUUGCUCGCUAUGAAGAUCAUCAAAAUGCACUUGGCAGGGACAGCCAUGGAACUCGUACUAGCGCUACCUACAGUACUAUUACCAAGCAACUUGAUGUAGAGGAGCUUGAAAUGCUCUUGGAAGCAUACUUCGUGCAAAUUGAUGGCACACUGAACAAACUAUCCACGCUGAGGGAGUACGUGGAUGACACAGAGGACUACAUCAACAUUAUGCUGGAUGACAAGCAGAACCAUCUGUUGCAAAUGGGAGUGAUGCUGACAACGGCAACCCUAGUCGUGAGUGCUUCAGUGGUGGUGGCUGGCAUUUUUGGGAUGAACAUUCAUAUUGAGCUUUUUGAUGCUGGGAUGCGGGAAUUCCUCUGGACCGUUGGUGGCAGCACCGCGGGCACCAUAUUCCUGUACGUGAUUGCCAUUGUCUGGUGUAAACACAAGCGUCUUCUGGAGUGAGAUUCACUGGCCGCCACAAUGUUCAGACACCAUGUUCAUACUUUGUAAAAAUAUAUCAAGUGAGCCAUCAACACGAUGAUUCAUCAAUAAUGUCUAGGAGGUUUACUUCUACAGAACAAGAUUAAAGCGAUAUGAGAGUGACUUUGAUUCAAAAGAAAAAAAUUGUAAUAUCACUUUUUUCAAUCGAAAAGCAAACCAGCAUAAAGUGUUUGUGACUUGAUUCCGCCGAACAAAGUAUGAUAUUCGUGGGUGCUUUUUGAAGUGAUCAAUAAUGUGAUUUCUUUUAAAUAAAAGAAGUUUUCGCCUA